CGAACUACCGCUCCCAGAGUGCUCGGCGGAGCGGUUGCCUGGAGACCGCUAACGCCGCGCUGGAUGUGGCCCCAGGUAAAGAGGACAUGUCAUCUCCAAAUGAACAGGAAGGAGCAGAUGAGAAGGCAGGAGAAGGUACACAGGCAGAUCACAGCAGUGUCCAAGAAAGCAAAAGUACUCUUCCAGAGGAAUCACCAGCUGGAGGGGAAGAGGAGGAAGAUGUGGAGCACGUGGAAACAGAUACAGAGAGCAUUGCAGAUGAUUUGGAAGAACAAGAUAAUAUUGAAGUAUCCCCAAAAGAAGAAAAAAGUCCUGAGAAAGAAGAAAAGAAAAUCCCAGAAACUUUCUUCUAUAGUUAUGAAGAUAUAUGUUCACGGCCAUUUGUCACUGAAGAUUCAGGGAUACCGAUUAACCUUCUUACUCUUAAAUAUUCUUUUGGAUAUGACUGUAUCAGAAGUGUAAACCUGAUGGUGAUGGAUAGUCAAAGCCUACUGUAUGUAGCAGGCAACCAAGUGGUGAUUCUGGACCUGAAAACUAAAUCUCAAAGUUACCUCCGGAGCAGCAGUGGAGGUGGAAUUGGGUUUAUUGCGGCACACCCUACUAAGCAGUACUUUGCAGUGGGAGAAAAAGGAGAGAAACCAAACCUCAUCAUCUACGAUUAUCCUUCACUGAGGCCUUACAGAAUACUACGAGGUGGAACACAAAAAGGCUAUGUUUUUGGUGAUUUCAACCACACUGGCACUCUGCUAGCCAGUAUUGGAAGCAGCCCUGACUACAUGUUGACUAUCUGGGACUGGAAACAAGAAAAGAUUGUGUUAAGGUCAAAAGCUUUUUCACAGGAUGUUUACAGAGUCACAUUUUCUCCUGAUAACGAAGAACAGCUAACUACAGCUGGAGUAGGACACAUCAGGUUCUGGAAGAUGGCUUACACAUUCACUGGUCUCAAGUUACAAGGAGCUUUGGGUAGGUUUGGAAAAACAGCAGUGACUGACAUUACAGGGUAUGUGGAGCUGCCCGAUGGGAAGGUUAUCUCGGGGGCUGAGUGGGGCAACUUGCUGCUUUGGGAAGGGGGCCUCAUCAAAGUAGAGCUCUGUCGAGCUGGACACAAGCCUUGUCACAAUGGCCCUGUCAGCCAGAUAGUUCUGGAUGAAGGAGAACUUGUCACUGUUGGAAAAGAUGGCUUCAUUCGGGUAUGGAACUUUGAGGCAGUAGAUCCUGCUGAUUCUGUGGAUGAGACAGGGUUAUUGGAGAUGGAGCCUAUGAAUGAACUUCGUGUUGGCAAAAAUGUCAGUCUAAGUUUCAUGUGUAAAACUCAUGACUGUGGACAGCCCUUUUGGUAUGCUCAGGAUGCCAAUGGAAAGAUCUGGAAGCUAGAUUUGACUUUUUCAAACAUAACCCGUGAUCCAGAAUGCCUCUGCACCUUUCACUCUAGAAGGAUCGAGGCCAUGAGUGUCUCUCCCAUGACAUACCUUGUGGCCACUACUGCUCUUGACCGGUCAGUGCGUAUCUAUGAUUUCAUCAGCAACAGUCAACAGAGUGAAAUUCAGUUUAAACAAGGAGGAACAGCAUUGUCAUGGGCACCUGAUGUUGUAAAUCCUACAGGAAGUCUAAUUGCUGUGGGGUUUGAAGAUGGUGUUGUCCGCAUUAUUGAAGUUUAUGAUCCCAAAGGACUUCCCACUCUUGCAGAACGGCCCAAUAUAAGAAAUGCAGAGAUAAAUCUGAAACAAGCUUUUAAACCUCAUACUACUGCAGUUACAGCCUUGGCGUAUGAACGAAAUGGAGAAGUCUUUGCCACAGGGAGUAAAGACAAAACAGUUUUCUUUUUUGCUGUUGAAGAUGAAUACAAGCCAAUAGGAUUCAUCCACGUCCCUGGGCCUGUGCAGGCAUUACAGUGGUCUCCACCUUCUCACGUGGCGAGCAUGCUUCUCAUCCUUUGUGAGAAUGGAUAUGUUCUCCAGGUUCCUGCCCCUCUCCUUGAGAAACAGGAAACAGCAUCCACCUACCAUAUCAAAAAUCUGCCAACACAGUACUUUCAUUUUUAUAGCAUUAAAUCCCGAAUCAAGCUGGAAGAGGAGAUUGCACUGAGGGAGAGAAAAAAGCAAGAGAAGGAAAAAGCAAAACUCGAAUGGAUAAAGCAGCUACAGGAGAUGGGAAAGGAGGUGGAAGAAGAAGAAGAACCUGAAGAAGAAGAGCCAUUGCCAUCAAUCUACAUACCAGAGGAGCCCAGCCCCAUUCUCUGUGGGUUUUAUUCAGCACCUGGGAAGUUUUGGCUUUCCUUGGGUGGAUAUGACUCAGGUUUCCUUUAUCACUGUGCAUUCUCAUCAGAUGAACACCAAGAAGAUCCUGAAAACAGGCAAGAUGAACCUUUUGAAGUGAUUCCUAUUGAGGACACUGAUGACAACCCCAUCCACCAGAUCUCCUUCUGUACCAGCAGACUACUGAUGUUCUGUGGGAUGCAGAAUGGUGCCCUGCGUGUUUACCCUCUCCAAGAUAAAGACCUCUCAGUGAGCACCCUGAAGGCAUACUGGUCAUUCAGCUUACAUGAUAAUGACUAUGGACAGAUCCGGGGGAUCUGCUGUAGUUAUGAUGAUAGGUUUCUGAUUACCUGUGGAGGAGAUGGGAACAUUUUUACCUUCAACAUCUUGUCUCCAGAGGAUGUUCACGAAGAACUAAAAGCCAAAAUCCCUCCUCCUAGGAUGGGUCUACUGAAGGAGAAGGCUGCUGAAGACAUUGAGGAUCCCAGUGCUUGCAACAUUGAGGAAGUCAAGCAAAAAAAGGAGUAUGAACGGAUCAUGAAAGAAGCUGAAGACAAGAAAAGCAAGAAAAGAGAGGAGUUAAUAGCUCUAAGACAGGAGUUUCUUUUUCUGCUUCAAAAGAAUCAGGAGUUACCAAAGCACAUGCAACUGCAAAGAGAGCAGUAUGAGAUGGACCGUAGGGUCUUUGAGGAGCUGAAUAGGCAGACUGCACAAAGAAUCCAAUUAGUGGAAAAGGAACUAGCUUGGGAGCAUGAGAAACACUUGAUUGGACUGCAGAAAUUACAGAAUUGGUUUCGAGACUCACUGGAAUUUGAAACUGUUGUUGUUCAUGCUAUUCAAAGCAAUCAUCAGAUUUCCACCUAUAGACUUGUAGCAGUCUCUGAGAAGUACUACCAAGAUAAGGAACGUCCAUCUUGGAAGAAGACAGUACUUAAACGGGCAUGGAAAAAAGAGAAAAAAAAGGAGAUCACCAGAGAUAGAAAGCCUAAAAUUAUCAAGGAGGAAGCUGAUAAACUGAUGUCAAAGAUCCAAAAGCCAACAACACGUUUCAUAGAAAGAAAACGUGAGCAAAUCAGAAGACUUGUUGAGAAAUCUGACAAGGAGAAAGCUAAGAUAAUGAAGAGGAAGGAGGAGUGGGAAAAACUAUAUAAAAGCAAGCCUAGGGAUGACUAUGAGGAUCCCGGAGAUGUUCAGGCCAUCAAAGAAGCGCAGGAAAACAUGGGGUAUUACAAGCUGAAAACUGCCACUAAUUACAGAGUCACCCAGUAUAUGAGCACUGAAAAGAAGACGAUGCAGCUUGCAUCCCUGGAAGUGCUGAUCUAUAAGAAGAAGUUGAAUAUGAACAAACAGAUUAUGUCACUGAGGGACUGGAAGGUUUCUAUUAUUGAAGAAAUCAAGUGUUUAUUGCAAGAAUUGAAAUCCGUGCAGGCAGCAUUAGAUUUAUCAGAAUGUCUCCCCCUACCCCCGAUUCCUCAGUUACACCCAGAUGAAGUUCCAGAAAAAAGAUUUGAGUAUGACCAUGAUAUCCUACUGAAAUUCAAAGAGGAGCAGGCAGCCAAGGCAAAGCUUCAAGAACAAUUGGAAGAGUCUCCCUCAUCUGUUGCAUUUAGGCAUAGUUUUAACAAGUCUUCCUAUAAAGAAACUGGCUCUUUACAACAGACUGCAAGCUCACACACAAUGAAAAGAUCGUCGUCUAUGGUCACAGAGCAGCAAAAGAUUUUUGUAAUUGAGAAAGCAGAGCCAACUGAAAUAGAACUGGAAAUUUUAAAGAAGGAGAAGAUAAAAAACCUGUACUUGCAGAAGACCUUAAUUAAUAAGAUCAAUGCACUGGUAACCAACUUUGAUGCUGAACUUCGCUUUCUGCGACAUAAGAAACUGCAGCUAGAUGUGCAGAUGAAAUAUGCUGACUUGAGCUACAUCACUUGGUUUGAAGAGCUGCUUAUCCUGAAGAAUGCUGAGAAAAAUGAGAGCAUUCUCCAGGGGCAUGUUAACACCCUCCAGAGUGAGCAGGAGGCCAUGCAAUCAAAACUGAACAGCUGCCUUGCACAGAUGGAGGAUAAAAAGUCUGAAAUUGUAAAACUUCAGGAAUGUGAGAAAGCUCUUUAUGCCAGCUUCCAGGCAUCCCUUGGAGAAAACAAUGAAUCUGCCCACUUUUUGACCAAGGUUCUGAUGAAAAAAUUCAGCUCCAUAAAUAGAAAAAUAGAAACAGAUGAAAAAGAUGAGAGUGAAGAGGAGAGUGAUGAAGAGUCCAGCUUGGAGAGUGAUGAAGAAGAUUCUGGAUCUGAAGAGGAAAUCUUUGAUAUCUCUGUUUGCCCAGAGAACUGUGAUAAGGCACUCUUUCAAAACACCAUCCAGCUCCGGGAAAAGCGGUUAGACAUUAAGGAAGCUUUAAUAAGGGAGAAGAAAGUUGCUGCUAAACUCAGAAAGGAAUAUGAUGUCUUAUUCGAAAAGGCAAAAUCAAUAGAAUACAGUCUGAACACAGCAGAGAAGGAACUGGACAUCUUUCAGUGGGAAAAGCAGCAGAAGCUGAAUGACUUAUAUGUAGUUGUGCCUUUGAAACUCCAUCAGGUGGAGUACUUCUUUAAUGGGGAGAUACCCAGGGACUUCUCCCAGGCUCUGGUAUUUACCAACCAGACCCUAGAGUAUCUGCAGAAGAGAAUUGUGGACUUACAUCAUGAAAAGCUAAUGCAGAGAAAGAUUUAUAAGAAGGCCCAGAAGCAACAUAAGCAGCUUGUCCGGGACAAAAAGGAGAUGGAGAUGACUAUUCAACAUCUGGAAGAGAAAUGCAAUCAGCUGAUGAUGCUGAAGUUUGGUCGUGUGGUUGAUUUUGAAGCAGUUCAAGCACGCUCUGUUAACAUACGCUUGGAAGAGCUGGAAUUGCAAAUAAUAGAGAAAGAAUAUGAGCACUCCCAGGAAAUCAAAGAGUGUAUGAAAAGAAUCUCAGACUUACAACAGAAGCUAAUGAUGCUGACAAAAGAAAACACCAUAAAGGUGAGGCAGCUGAACCAGUUCUGCAUUGAGAAGCAGCAGCUUGAAACUAAGUUGGAUUCACUGAAGGAUGAUCUGGGAGUAGAAUUUCAGGGCCCCCGAACUGCUGAUAUGAAAGAGAAGGCGAGGAUGGAGUCACAGCUGAAAUGUUUGGCUCAUGACGAAGCCAUCCUAAGAGAAGAAAUCAAUCUUCUAAGCAGAAAAGAUGGGCAUUUAAAUGAACAACUCAGUCUCUUAACCAGGAACAAUCAGUUUCUACAACCUUCAUCACCACAGGACUUGGAGGCACCAGAUGAAAUAUUCCCUGUUCUUAAACCAUGAAAGGUAACUAGCAGUUCAAGUGUCCCUUAAAAGCAGACACUGAACUAUGGCAGUAAUAAUACUUGUAAGUGUGAAAUAUACAGUUUUGGUUAUACAGGGGUUUCAUUGUAAAGGAUUAAAUUUGUUUCCUUUAUCCAAAAGUGGCUGUAGUGGUGGGUAGGGAAUUAAAUGUGCAAUUGCAACCAGUAAA